AAAGGCAUCCUAAGCUUCAACCUCCAGGGUGCUGGCUACACCUCAGUUCCUUCAGUAUGGUGGCCAUCAACAGCAGUGAACCCAGUGCCACGUAUUUCAUCUUAAUAGGACUCCCAGGAUUAGAAGAGGCUCAGUUCUGGUUGGCUUUCCCACUAUGCUCCCUCUACCUUAUUGCUGUGCUAGGUAACUUGACAAUCAUCUACAUUGUGAGGACAGAGCACAGCCUCCAUGAGCCCAUGUAUGUCUUUCUCUGCAUGCUUUCUGGCCUAGACAUCCUCAUUUCCACCUCAUCUAUGCCAAAAAUGAUGGCCAUUUUCUGGUUCAAUUCCACUACCAUCCAGUUUGAUGCUUGUCUGGUACAGAUGUUUGCCAUCCAUUCCCUGUCUGGCAUGGAGUCCACAGUGCUGCUGGCCAUGGCCUUUGAUCGCUAUGUGGCCAUCUGCCACCCUCUACGCCAUGCCACUGUGCUUACAUUGCCUCGUGUUGCCAAGAUUGGCAUGGCUGCUGUGGUCAGGGGUGCUGCAUUAAUGGCACCCUUACCUGUCUUCAUCAAAAGAUUGCCUUUCUGCCGUUCUAAUAUCCUUUCUCAUUCCUACUGCCUACACCAAGAUGUCAUGAAGUUAGCCUGCGCUGACAUCCGUGUCAAUGUCAUCUAUGGCCUCAUUGUUAUUAUCUCUGCCAUUGGCUUGGACUCACUUCUCAUCUCCUUAUCGUAUUUGCUCAUCCUUAAGACUGUGCUGGGCUUGACACGUGAAGCCCAGGCAAAAGCGUUUGGCACUUGUGUCUCUCAUGUGUGUGCUGUUUUCAUAUUCUAUGUGCCUUUCAUUGGUCUGUCAAUGGUGCACCGUUUUAGCAAGAGGCGUGACUCUCUCCUUCCUGUCAUUAUGGCUAACGUCUAUCUGCUCAUUCCUCCUGUGCUCAACCCCAUCGUCUAUGGAGUGAAGACAAAGGAGAUCCGGCAGCGCAUCCUGCGUCUUUUUCUCACAACCACACACUCUUCAGAUCACUAG